GUUAGCGCCGGCGCGUUGGAUGGGCUUGCGGCCGCUACACCAUCGCACGUACGCGUGUUUCAAAAGACGGAGUUGCUGCUUAAGAAAUCCACGGUGAGCGAAGUUCGCCUGCAGAAGAAAUAGGUGAAGCAAAGAAGAUGACGCCUGCGCUACCAGCACGAGUAGUUACGAAAGUUCCGUCGUUCCAGCUGCUGUGACGCCAUCUACGCAGGCAGCCGGCCCCGCAGUGUGGUCAGGAUGCGCAGCACAUCUUGCUCUCCCCGUUCGUCGCUGGCAUCGUCGGAUCUGACGGACUACCCCGGCGCUCCUCGACCGGCGCUCAUCGUCAAGAUGAACGCGUGCACCUUGCUCCGGCAGAGGGAGCUGGCGCGUCGACGUGAGAACGAGCGGCGCGAACAACACGAGAGAGCUUGGGCCGAGCGUCGCAGGCAGCUCGACAGGGCCCGGCUGAGCGACCGACUCGAGCUGGUGCAACGGCGGACCCCAGAGCCCGGACCCUCGGCCAAAGAGAGGCUCAGGGCUCUCAGGCGCAGCACGCUGGAGCGUGAGGCGGAGUACAAGCGAGAGAUACAGAGCAUGCAGGCACGCGUUCGAGCCAUGCCGCUGCUCCUGGAGCGGCAAGCGGUGGCAGCAGCCCGGCGAAGACUGGAGCAGCAGUACGAGCGCAAGCUGAAAGAGCUGGGACUGAGCUACGAAUGGAUCCAGGAGAAGGCGCAACAAGAAUCUCACGAUCGCCAACGCGAGCAGCGCAGUUCCUCGGCGAUGCAGGCAUCGUCCGCCAUGACAAGCAGGUCGCGAUUCCAGUCGGCCACGGUGCAUCGGUGUCCGGCUAUUCGCUCUCCGCCUCCAGAGUCGACGACGGCCGUAGUCGUGAAGCAACGGUCGCGCAGUGCCUCGUCUAGCCUGCGCUCUGCGCUCAGCCGAACCGAGAGCGCGAGUGACUUGUCAGGAACUCUGCACGAUAGUGACGGCCCUGAGGGUGGCCUCGUGGCAUUUACACGGACUCAUAACACGAGUGAUGAAGAGACGUGCGACGCUACUAGGGAGAUGCGUGUGGCUCUAAUGGACACGUAAAGGGGUGCGCAGCAAGGGUGAACGGAAAGGUGUCAGUUAAGGAGGGGGAUCGCACACUUGAGGAUGUGCACAUCAUAAGUAGCCGUCGUUGGCGUACUGCUCCGUAGGAGUACAGGGGGGUGGAAUCAAAACACAAACAGCGCGGCGCGCUGUUUUCAUCACGCUCUGUCCUUGGUGGCAAUAAAAAAAGGUGCUAGAUGGUUCUUGAUUCUAUCGUGGGUGACUCUGGCGGAUUCUUAUCACCACCCGGCCAAUGACAGCAUUAAAAUAAAUGCGAAACAGCAGGGCAUGUAGAUGCCGCAUGUUCGCGUUUCUUUCUAUUCCCAGUGUACAUAAUGUUUAUUGCAUUGUUAUAAAUGUGGAUAGCGAACACUGAAAGCACGAUUGAUGUU